AUGACCACAUCCAGCAGGCAGAGCUCUUCUACGUCUAUGGUCAACAACUUGGCCAAAAUAUUUGAUCCAAAUGCUUUGCAAAACCAAGGGCCUGACAGUGAUAUGGAGCUCCCCAAAGUUCUUCAUGUCGCAAGCAGUGAUGUCAGCAAAUCUGAAAGUUUUAUCAUCAUGGAUAUGAAGUUUGCCUCCCUUGAACAGAAAAUAGAUAAGCUGUUGACUCUGCAAGACAAUGUCCUUGCGAAGCUUAAUAACGUUUCCCAAGAAAUUGGUUGCAUUGAAAAAGACAUUGAGAUUGUAAAGGCGGAAACAGCUGACUCUGGAUCGAGUAUGGAAAGGAACAAAAAUCUGAGAAGUAAUGAAAUGAAGAGGCUUUGCCUUAAGAUGGAAAAAUCUUUUUCUAAUAUAAACAGGAAUGCAGAGCAGCAGGUUAAAAGACUAGAUGGACUGGAACAAAGUGUUUCUGGACUACAGAAGCUUGUAAGGCCUCUGGUUGAGAAGGUUAAAACACUGCUAAUUCACAACUCCACUGUAAAACGCUGUGCUCAAAAGCGUAAGUUGUGCAAGGCAGGUGAUUAUGGAAAAGGAGCUGGACAGCUUUAUAGGAUGCACAUUUUCUCAGAGAAAACAGCUGAUGCCGUGCUCAAGAAGAAACAUGAAAAGGUCAUCAAAGAAAAGUCACAUUUGAAUGAGACGGGAACAAAAGAGAAGAAGCCACCAGAUUCAACAGAGGGGGCCAUCCAGAGGACACAGUCCUGCUCUCAGGAAGAAGAAGUUGAUAAACUCAACAAGGAAAAUGCCAAGAGGGAAAGUUCUGUCCAGCUUCAAAAGGAUCCUCCCAAGUUUCAUACUGAAGGACCAGAAGAGAAAGGAGAAAGUCUGGCUUUCAAUAGCUGCUACCAAUACAGGAGAAGCUCUGUUCAGGAAUCCUUCACUACAGAAAAGCAGCAAGAAGAAGAUGCUGUUGAUGAUGCUUGUCAAACGAUAACUGAGCAGGAGACAGAGGGUGACUCCCUGGCAGAUGGAGAGAGGAAGGAGGAACAUCAGGUGUCUGAAGAUGAAAGACAAGAGGAGAGGGAGAAUGAAGGGGAGGAAAAUGCUGAUAAGAAUGCAAAAGAUGUUAAGGAACAACCAUCUCCUUCCCAAAAUGAAAAUGAGUCAGGACAGAGCCAUGAUCAAGAGGAACCAGAAGGAAGGUGUAAAGGCUGCGAAAAAGAUAAUAAACCUACUCCACCAGCACCAUUUGAUCACCGGAUUGUCUCAGCCAAAAGGGUGGGGAUCAGCAGUUAUUAUAAUGUCAGCGAGAAUGAAAUCCUAGGAGGAGGGCGAUUUGGUCAAGUGUACAAAUGUGAAGAGAAGGCAACAGGCCUCAAGCUAGCAGCCAAAAUUAUAAAAGCGAAAGGUCCUAAACAGAAGGAUGAAGUAAAGAAUGAAAUCAAUGUCAUGAACCAGCUGAAUCACGUGAACCUCAUCCAGCUGUAUGAUGCCUUUGAAUCAAAAAAUGACAUAGUACUGGUCAUGGAAUAUGUGGAAGGAGGAGAGUUAUUUGACCGAAUUAUUGAUGAAAACUACAAUUUGACAGAGAUGGAUACUAUCUUGUUCAUAAAACAUAUCUGCGAGGGAAUUCAGUACAUGCAUCAAAUGUAUAUUCUUCAUUUGGAUCUCAAGCCUGAAAAUAUCCUGUGUGUCAACCGAUCAGCAAAUCAAAUAAAAAUUAUUGACUUUGGGCUGGCAAGAAGAUAUAAACCCAGGGAAAAACUUCGAGUUAACUUUGGGACUCCGGAAUUUCUUGCUCCUGAAGUUGUGAGCUAUGAAUGUGUCUCCUUCCCUACAGACAUGUGGAGUGUAGGAGUCAUCGCUUAUAUGCUCCUCAGUGGAUUGUCUCCUUUCUUGGGUGAUAAUGACAAUGAGACCCUCAACAAUAUCCUGUCCUGUAGCUGGGAUUUUGAAGAUGAGGAAUUUCGAGGUAUUUCUGAUCAGGCCAAAGAUUUCAUCUCAAAGCUUCUCAUCAAGGAAAAAUGCUGGAGAAUAAGUGCAACUGCUGCCUUAAAACACCCAUGGUUGUCAGAUCACAAACUCCACUGCAGAAUCCAGAAGAGUGCUAAAGGAGACUGUGUCCCCCAAGCACCCCCGGCUCAAUAA